AUGAACAAUAAAAAAGAGAUUGAGAGGAGAAUUUAAAAGGAUUUGAUAAUUGAAUUGAUAAAGAAUGAGUUUUUGGAUAGGUCAUUUGUAAAUUAGCCAAAUCAUUUGAAAGGCUUAUAAAGGAUUUUAUGGUAGUUGAAAUGAUAGGCACAUAAAAGAAAAUGAUGUGAAAUAAAUUUAAGAGUAGGAUUAGAAUAGAGAGAUGAACUUGAUAAUAAGCAGAUUUCUGAGGCUUAAUAUUUGUAUUUAAAUCAUUCAUAUUGGAUAUUAUCUAAUAAAGUGUUUGGUAUAUUUGCAGAUUAAUCUAGAUUCGAAAAAUAGGAAGAAUUCAUAGAUUACUACUGGAUAUUUAAAAUUAGGUAACUAAACAUAUUAGAAUUGUUAAAAAUUAUUUAGUUUAUUGUAUACUUAUAAAAAGGAUGAUAAGGGAAGGUUUUGAUAAAAUUUAAAGUUUUAUAAUUAUAUUUUUAGAAGAAGAAACUAGAAAAUAUGGAGAGAAGAAGAGAUUAAUUUAUUGGCUCCUUUUUUAGAGUACCUUAAGGAUACUUAUGUAAAUUGAUGUUAAAAAGUAUUUAUGA